UAAAAUGGAAGGAUAAAAUGUAACACGGAACCAUGGUUCGACGUAUGUUCCAAAUUAUUUUACCGGUGCCAACGGUGUUCCAAUUCAAACUGUUCCAAUAUUUCCCCAAUUUCCACCGGCAGUCAACUUCCCAUCACAUUCAAAUAUUGCUAUGUAUCCUGGAAGACGUAGUUUUCCUCAUUAUACACCGUUUUUAGGUGCGUUGGAAGAGGUCGAACGUUCGGCAAAAAUGGUUUCCAAGAGAGGUGUUUAGUCUACUUCAACUUAAAAAGUAUGGUUGGACGUUGAUUAGUUAAUGAUGAUGUCACAUCCUGCAUCUUUUGUUAUCAUGAUGGGUAUAAGAAAACUCUUCAAGAACUCAUUACGUUUAGGGUUUUCAAGCAACAAAAUAUGGAAGAUGAGUCUGUGUCUGUUACUUCACCUCUGGCCAACGAAAAGGGGAACAAACGACAUAUAUUGGAUAGUAAUGGUAACUACGUCUCUUUAGUCUGUGUGGAUUCUUCCAGGUUGGUACUCAAAUUUGUUUAGUAAGUUUCUUAUUCAAUUAUUCAAUUCCUAAUGUCAAGGGGAGAUAUUGCUUGUGGUAAAAAUUUGUGUUUAUAUUCCAUUUUGUUUAAUUUAUUUAUCUUUUUGGCCUUUUCAAAAUAAAAAACAGUAAAACAAACACUGCUCAUACAUCAAAAAGAAAGAACGAUGAUUGUGGUGAAUGGAAUCAUAUGCUGUUUAAAACAGUAAAUGAAGAUAAACAUAAAAUGGAGUGUAACUCGCAAAAAAUAUCUUUUGAUGAUUUGAUGUGUUUCAGGUAAAAACAAACCACAAUUUUCUUCUAUUUCUCUUCAAAUUUUGUGAGUAAAAAUGAUUACUACAUUUGUUUAUUUCAUGAAACUCAGCUGCCAAGAAAUUAAUCAUGCUUCAAAAGAGGGAAAGGAAAAACAUGAUGAACAUGACCACAUUUUGUCUGGAGCAAAUAAAACUGAUCAUGAGAUAAUAUUGAGGUUGCCAGAUGAUGCAGAAGUGAGCAAUGACCUAUGGGAUGAGGUGAUAGAAUGUAUGAAGGUUAGGGUACGGGACAAGAUCCAUGUGGUGCGUACUUUUGCGGUUAGGGCACUUUCGCGUUUCGUGAAUGACUCUUCAAACAUUGACAUCCUUGAUUUAUUCCUGGAGACGCUUCCUUUGGAACAAAAUGCGGACGUUCGUAAGAUGAUUGUGUUGUCUCUGCCUCCUUCCAGUGCAACCUCUCAAGUUAUCAUUGACUGUACCUUGGAUGUGAGUGAAUCUGUUCGCAAAGCAGCAUACUGUGUUUUAGCUAAUAAAUUUCCUCUUCAAAGCUUAAGCAUUAAGCUCAGGACAAUUAUUCUUCGUAGAGGACUUUCUGACCGAUCUGUUGGUGUCUCAAAGGAAUGUUUCAAACUAUUGAAAGAUGAAUGGCUUAUAAAGUGCUGUAAUGGUGAUCCUUUAGAGCUUUUGAAGUAUCUCGAUGUUGAAACCUAUGAAUCAGUGAGCGAGUCUGUCAUGGAGGCACUUCUAAAAGCUGGUUUAGUAAAACUAAAGAAUGGUGCAAGUAUCCAGCAGUAUAUAUCAUCAAAUGGCGACACAGAAGAAGGGGAAGCGGUUCCUUGUCCACCAACCAUUGUACUGAUGGAAGCAGAGGCUGCUCUUUAUUGGAGAACUGUUUGCAAACAUUUGCAGUCAGAAGCACAUGCUUUAGGCUCUGAUGCUGCUGCCACAGCGGGUACCGAAGCAGAAGUAUAUGCUGCAGAAGCAUCAGAUAAAAAUGACCUUCUAGAAAAAAUUCUUCCUGCUACAGUUGAUGAGUACAUCGAGUUGGUCAGAGCCCAUAUCGUUGCUGGAUCAAACCAUCGCUUUGCAUGCCGGCAGCUGCUUUUGCUUGGUGCUAUGUUUGAUUUUUCUGACACUUCAUAUAGGAAAGCUGCUAGUGUGUUUCUGCAGGAGCUGAUGAGCAAGCCUCCGGAGCACGAGGUUGAUAAUGAAGGGAACAUUGUCGUCAUUGGAGAUGGCUUAAGUUUUGGUGGAGAUACUGAGUGGGCAGAAGCCAUAGCCAAAUUGGCAAGGAAAGUCCAUGCUGCUCCAGGUGAAUUUGAAGAAGUUGUUCUUGCAAUUGUAGAAAAGCUUGCUCAACCUUGCAGAGAGAGAACAGCAGAUUAUGUGCAGUGGAUACACACCCUUUCUCUUAUAGGUCUUCUACUGAAAAAUGCAGUGUCAAUGCGCUUUCUUCAGGGCAAGGCGAUAGAACCAGAUGAGCUACUCCAAUCAUUACUUCUUCCUGGGGCAAAACAAUCUCACUUGGAUGUGCAAAGAAUUGCUGUAAGAUGUCUUGGCCUCUUUGGGCUUUUGGAGAGGAAACCAAAUGCUGAACUUUUGAAACAGCUACGGGUUUCAUAUAUUAGGGGGCCGCAUUUAAUUAGUAUUGAGGCUGGUAAAGCAUUAACUGAUCUUGUGAUGUGGCAUGGUCCUCAAGAAGUUGACAGGGUUUUAAAUCACGAUAUUCCAAGCCAAGUAAACAGUGACAAAAAGUGUUUUUGUCCUGUGAAUUUCUCUGAUUCAGAAGUGGAUUCAAAUUCAAACGUUGACAUGCUUGAUCUUUUAUACGGUGGCAUUGAAAAUGAAGACUGGGCUAAUCCUUUAACUAGCAAUGAAGAUGAAAGCAUUUAUGCUAUACUUGGGGAGGGCUUUGCGAAAAUUCUUCUCCUAAGUGACAACUAUCCAAGCAUACCAGCUUCUUUGCACCCUGUGCUUUUAUCUAAGCUCAUUUACUUGUACUUCAGUGACAUAUCAGAAAAUAUGCACAGGUUGAAGCAAUGCUUAUCUGUUUUCUUUGAGAACUACCCGUGUCUCUCAACAAAUCACAAGAGGUGUAUAUUGAAGGCCUUCAUUCCAGUUAUGCGUUCAAUGUGGCCAGGAAUAUUUGGCAAUUCUGGGGGUUCUCCUUUUGUGAUAUCUCAGAUGCGUAAGCGUGCGGUUCAAGCUUCACGUUUUAUGUUGCAGAUGGUACAGAUUCCAUUAUUUGUUAAAGAGACCGAAGCUGCAUGUGAAAACUCUAGUACAGAACAGCCACAAGUUAUAGAUAGUUGCACUGAAGUCCCAUUUGAGUGUGGCGAGGAGGGGCUCGCACUACGCAUAGCCGUGGAGGUUGCAAGCUUUCACUCAAAGAAGACAGCUGCUGAGAAGGCAUAUGUAUCGGCAUUAUGUAGAGUACUUGUCUCGCUUCAUUUUCGGUUAUCAGAACAAGGGCCAAUAAAAAUUAUGAGGAAACUUUUAUGUCGUAUGAUUGAAUGUGUAUCUUCAGAGAAGGACCUUGUUAAAGAAUUGAAGCGAAUGGCGGAUCAUCUAGUGACAAUUGACAGGCAACAAGACCAGGAAUUGUUGCAAGAUGAAGUUAAUCUCAUUUUGGGGAAACUGGAAUUCGACUUCAACCUUGAUUUGGAUGCUUCUGUUGCAAUACCACAAACACCAGCUGUACAGCGAACGAGAGCUACACGAACAAGGAGAAGGGUAAGGAUCGAGGAAGAUAGUUCUUCUGACGAUGAAGAAGAUUCAUAUGUUUCUGUGGUUCCUACCACCAUUAAUACGGUAAAAGGUCGCUCACAGAGAGCAAGCAAAACUGCAGCCAUUAACAAGAUGUCGUCUGCCGUUAGAUCAGUCAAACCUGAUGAAAUUGAAGAGGAAGAGGAAGAGGAACAGGAAGAAGAGUCGAACGUGACAUCUGAAGAUUCUGAAGAAUCGGAACAGAGUAGUUAAUUAUGUAGCUAACAUGAUAUAUGUAAUGGUCAUUGCUUUUUGUAAUUUUAUUAAACAUGUUUGUUGCUGUAUUGUUUGAUUUAGAUUGCAGGUUUUGUACAGGAGUACUCAGUAGUUCAUCUUGCAUUUGCUUGUGCAGGCAUAGGUUAUUGGUAUUGCAAUUAGUUGGAAUGUGUUCA